AUGUUUUUAUCACUUCCGUCAAGUGCUAACACAUACACACGACAUGAGUUAUUUGGGAACGACUCCGACGAUGAAGAACUUAUUACUAUAAUGGGUGAUUUUAUCGUUUUGCUCGAAAACGGGGACUCUUCAACCCCUCUCACUCGUGUUUAUAUCCCAAGAGAUCGACUUGGUGCAGGGAAUCAUUUGAUGAAUGAUUACUUUGUCGAAAAUUCAAAGUACCCGCCACACUUCUUUAGGCGGCGUUUUCACAUGCGAAAAGAGCUAUUCAUGCGUAUAGUUAACGAUAUCGCUUCUUUCUCCCCAGCUGGCGACGAGCCUGUGCCUCCUCAUUUUGUUGAGUUUCGAAACCAGCGUGUAGAUGCACGGGGUAACUUUGGUUUUUCUACAAUUCAAAAGUGUACAUUUGCGAUACGUCAGCUAGCGUAUGGCAACAUGGCCGAUUCACUUGAUGAGUAUCUACAAAUUGGUGAACAAACUUCCAGAGACGCGCUUGAUGCUUUUUGUAAGUGUGUGUUUGACCUUUACAGGGAAGAGUACUUACGAAGACCAACAACAGAUGAUAUACAACAUAUCUACCAGAAACACGCAGAACUCCAUGGUUUUCCAGGGAUGCUUGGGAGCAUCGACUGUAUGCAUUGGCCCUGGAAAAGGUGUCCAAAAGCAUGGCAAGGUCAGUUCACUCGAGGUGAUAAAGAGGUACCAACCAUCAUGCUUGAAGCGGUAGCAUCGUACGAUUUAUGGAUUUGGCAUGCAUUUUUUGGAAUGGCAGGUUCGAACAAUGACAUAAACGUACUCAAUCAAUCACAUUUGUUUAGGGAAAUCGUUGAGGAUACGGCUCCGGAUACUUCAUUUACAGUUAACAGAACCGAGUAUAAGAAGAGGUACUAUCUAGCCGACGGUAUUUAUCCUGAGUGGGCGACAUUUGUCAAGGCUUUUUCAUGCCCACAAGACCUGAAGAAGAAAAAAUUCAAGAAGUAUCAAGAAAGUGCGCGAAAAGAUGUGGAACGAGCAUUUGGAGUUCUCCAAGGUCGUUGGGCAAUCCUUACACACCCCUCAAGGUCGUUCAGUGUCAACAAGAUUCGUCGAACCAUGUAUGCUUGUGUCAUAUUGCAUAACAUGAUCGUUGAGGAUUCAGGUCAUGCAAUAACCUCAUAUGAUCUAGAAAUCCUAGCUGAGCCCCCUGUGUACCUGUUCGUACCUUCCGAGAGAGGAUGGCGGUCCACACACGGACCAAUAAGGAGCUUCGAGACUGAGGGGUUUAUCACGGUCUUCGUCAUGAUCUUGUCGAGCAUAUUUGGCGUCUUCCAUGAUCCGUUGUUUGUCUUAAUAAUAAUAAAUUAUGAAACUAUGUUGUUGUUAUUUAAUGAAAUUAUGAACUAG